AACGCGUCGUCCAUGGUAGUGUCGACGCUGAAGCCGUUUACAACGACGGAAGUAGUUUAUCAACGAUUCGCCAUCGAGCCGAUGGAUCAAACCGCGGUGAUUGGCAGCCGGGUGACGCUUCCAUGCCGAGUUCUCGAUCAAAAGGGGCCCAUUCAAUGGACCAAGGAUGACUUCGGCCUAGGAGCUGUUAGGAAUCUCACCGGAUACGAGCGAUACGCCAUGAUCGGUAGCGAUGAAGAAGGCGAUUUUUCGUUGCACAUAUAUCCGGUGGAACUCGAGGACGACGGCACGUAUCAAUGUCAGGCUUCGCCGACAAACGACGGACAGCCGGCUUUACGAUCGAGAUUUGCCAAGCUAAGCGUGCUAGUACCACCGCAAAAGCCGAAGAUCUUACAAGGUGACUUCCUCGUCACCACCGAAGAUCGCGAGCUGGUGAUCGAAUGUAUAAGCAGCGCCGGAAAACCGCCGGCGGAGAUCACGUGGAUCGAUGGACUGGGCAACGUGCUACGCCAUGGCAUCAAAACCACGAAGGAGGCGUACGAUAACGGUCCGCUGAUUACUGUAAAGUCCGUCCUGAGAGUGAUGCCGCGGAAGGAUCACGACAACACGACUUUCACGUGCCAAAGUCAAAAUAUGGCGGAUCGUUCGCCGCAAAGCGCCAAACUUCGCGUCGAGGUACGUUACGCACCGAAGGUGUCCCUCUCGAAGAUCGAUCGCAUCGUCGAAGGUUCCGAGCUUAGGUUCAAGUGUUGCGCCGAGGCCAAUCCACCUGAUGUAGAAUACAGGUGGUUUAUCAACAAGAAAAAGGUGAUCGGAGACUACACCACGGAGAUGAUUAUUCACAAUGCUACCCGCGAGCUGCACGACGCGACCGUAAAGUGCGAGGUUUCGAAUGAAGUGGGUAAAAGCGAGGAGAGCCAAACCUUGGAUAUAAGAUACGGCCCGCAGUUUCGGCACCCGCCGCUCUCCGUGGAAACACAUUACGGCGCCACGGAGAUCCUGCAGUGCGACGUAGACGGGAAUCCAACGCCGGAGAUUCUGUGGUACCAUGAGGAUUCGGAACGAACGGUCGCCACCAGUCCGAACAUAAGCGUCUUUGUGAGCCCCGACACUGCCGGCCGUUACUAUUGCAAGGCCCGUGUGCCCGGCUUUCCGGAAUUAACUGGCCAUGCCAACAUCUACAUUCGCGCUCCGCCGAGCAUAGUGUCGCAAAGGAUCCAGUAUGUACCUGACGAAGGAGUGGUCAAGGUUAAGUGCACCGCGAUAUCCGUGCCAAAAGCGGAAUCGGUGGUGUGGAGCUUCGCCGGUCGCGAGCUCAAUUUCACGUCGAACAAUACGCCGUUCUACGUGCAAGAGGAAUACGCGGCCGAGAGGGUAGUCAGCACUGUCACCCUGCUGGAUCCCAUAUCGACGUACUUUGGAGAUUACAACUGCACGGUUACGAACAGCUUCGGCACGGAUUCCGUCAUCAUCAAACUGACAGCACACACGUUGAUUCCAGUCGAUUGGCAACUGAUCUUGAUCAUCGCCGGGCUGGUUGUCUGCGUGAUCCUAAUUGGCAUAAUAGUCCUACUCAUUCUACAAUGUCGCGAUCGUAUUAAGCAGCCACGGCCGCGAACGACGCAGAAUCAAGAGACCGAUUUGCAGGAAACGGAUUCUAAUGCCGAUCGAUACAGAGAAAGCGAUAGGAGCAGCAACCUCUCGGAUGUCAAAGCAGACAUUCGAGCGGGAUCCAGUGUCAGCAACGCGGAAAGUGUCACAGCCCUUGACAGUGAAGGCGAAGGAAGCACCAGAGGAGUAAACGCCUUGGCGCUUGCUGGACCAGUGCCGAAUCCAUUAUCCGGUUAUCGUUACAGCGCUGAUUACACUGAGCCUUCUUUCCCGCCGAAGAACAACGAUGGCAGUAAUAACAACGGUUACGUGCCAUACGUUGACUACACUCGCGAUUAUAUGCCGCCAACGACACAGAGCAUGGGCGCAUCGCGAGAGUCGUUGAGCAGGAUAUCCACGAGCGGUAUCUUAUCAUCGAAAAAAAUCGGACUCAGCUCGGCCAACUUGGGUAGUUCGACCCCACAGACAACGCCGAUCGAUCCGCGAUUUUCCGCGACAUACGGCAAUCCCUAUCUCAGAAUGUCAGCGGCCGAGCAACUCCGACACGCGCCGCACACAGCCGUGCCGGGAGUGACGCCGGCACCACCGCCGUACACGCAGGCAAUGAGAAUGAAUAGCUUGAAUACCUUGAACGGCGCUGGCCCGCAGGUUGGUACAAUAGCCCCAUUGUCAGCGCAUUAUAUCACCGGCGGUCCAAACGGGGCCAUGGCGACGGUGAAGCGCACAUCCGCGGUUGGCACGUUAGCGACGCACAUGUCCCGCUACUUGCUCGGUCCGCGCCCAGCGACGUUGAGAUCGACGACUCGCGACGCACGACGUCUCGUUGAUGCACCGGAACUAAGUCAAUGUCGUUACAACCAGACCCGCCACGCUCACGACACGGAACGUUACAGAGCGGAAUGCGAGCGACUUGUAGGACGAAGGUCACAGGGCAGCUGGGGCAGCAGAGGUCACGGCGGGGUCACGGACCGAGCACAACGAAUGGCCGAGAAUGGCGAGGCGCUUAAACAUAUCGAGCUGGUGCUUCGACAGUUACAAAGGGCCAGCAGAGAUCAUCGAGAACUCGUGCGGCAACGUCAUUUGGACGUUCAAUACGAGAUCGGUAAGCGAAUCAACGAGAGAAUCUCCCAUCAUCGUUAUCAUCAUCACUAUCGAGAUAGACGCGAGGGUUCGAUGGACGCAUUUAGAACUUGGUCCAGGUCCUCGAGCAGCCCGUGGGAAUCGGACUUAACUUUAAAGAAAGCACAGCCGGACGUCACAACGAGAUUGCUGUCAAAGAGACGAGAUUAUGGCGGAACGGCCCAAAGCACAAUCAAUAUUCUGAAGCCAGCCCCCGGACGCGUUCGGGAUGAAACUGCGGGCGCUUACCAAGAAAUGAAAUACAUUCCCGAAAGUGUCGACUGGAUUGGCGCGCGGGAAACGUUUGGUGCGUGGAGUCUGCCCGAAGCUUCAUCGAGCAACGACCGAAGGACAUCCUCCACCGUCGUUUAG